AUGGCAGAACAGACGCUACUUUCCAAAUUGAACGCUCUUUCUCAAAAAGUGAUACCACCAGCUUCCCCUAGUCAGGCAAGCAUUUUAACGGAAGAGGUGAUACGAAACUGGCCUGAACGAUCAAAAACUCUCUGCUCCGAUUUCACUGCACUGGAGUCAAAUGAUGAAAAGGAAGACUGGUUGAGGACUUUGUUUAUUGAACUGUUUGAUUUCAUAAAUAAAAACGAUGAAAAUUCUCCCCUCAAGCUUUCUGAUGUUGCAUCAUUUACUAAUGAAUUAGUGAAUCAUGAAAGGCAAGUGUCCCAGGCUUCCAUAGUUGGUAAAAUGUUUAUCGCCGUCUCAAGCACUGUUCCAAAUAUAAAUGAUCUAACAACCAUAUCAUUAUGUAAACUAAUACCGUCGUUGCAUGAAGAAUUGUUCAAAUUUAGUUGGAUAUCCUCUAAGCUGCUCAACAAGGAACAAACCACCUUAUUAAGGCAUUUGUUAAAAAAGUCAAAAUACGAACUGAAGAAAUAUAACCUUUUGGUAGAAAAUUCAGUGGGUUAUGGUCAAUUGGUAGCCUUAUUAAUAUUGGCGUAUUAUGAUCCCGACAAUUUUUCCAAAGUGUCCGCAUAUUUGAAAGAAAUCUAUCAUAUUAUGGGGAAAUAUUCCUUGGAUUCUAUUCGUACUUUAGAUGUUAUUUUGAACGUUUCUAGUCAGUUUAUCACUGAAGGGUACAAGUUCUUUAUUGCUCUUUUACGAAAGUCGGAUUCUUGGCCAUCUAGCCAUGUAGCUAACAAUUCCAAUUAUUCUUCUCUUAAUGAAGGCGGUAAUAUGAUUGCAGCAAACAUUAUUUCAUUCAAUUUAUCGCAAUAUAACGAAGAAGUCGAUAAGGAAAACUAUGAACGGUAUAUGGAUAUGUGUUGCAUUUUACUGAAAAAUGGGUUUGUCAAUUUUUAUUCUAUUUGGGAUAACGUUAAACCAGAGAUGGAAUUUCUACAAGAAUAUAUUCAAAACUUAGAAACUGAACUGGAAGAGGAGUCCACUAAAGGCGUAGAAAAUCCCUUGGCUAUGGCAGCUGCUUUGUCCACUGAAAAUGAAACUGACGAAGACAACGCCCUUGUUGUAAAUGAUGAUGUUAAUAUGAAGGAUAAAAUCUCUGAGGAAACAAACGCUGAUAUAGAAUCAAAAGGCAAGCAGAAAACUCAGCAAGAUAUUUUAUUAUUUGGUAAAAUAAAACUCUUGGAACGCUUACUCAUACAUGGUUGCGUUAUUCCCGUGAUACAUGUGUUAAAGCAAUAUCCGAAAGUGUUAUAUGUUAGUGAAUCCUUAUCUAGAUAUUUGGGAAGAGUAUUUGAAUAUCUUUUAAAUCCAUUGUACACAUCAAUGACCUCAUCUGGUGAAUCAAAAGAUAUGGCAACUGCUUUGAUGAUAACCCGUAUAGAUAAUGGUAUUCUAGCCCAUAAGCCAAGGUUGAUCCAUAAAUAUAAAACUCACGAGCCAUUUGAAUCCCUUGAAUUGAAUUCAAGCUACGUCUUCUAUUACAGCGAGUGGAAUUCCAAUUUGACUCCUUUUGCUUCUGUAAAUGAUCUAUUUGAAAACUCGCAUAUCUAUUUAUCUAUCAUAGGACCGUAUUUGGGGAGAAUUCCUACGCUUUUGAGUAAGAUUUCACGUAUUGGGGUAGCUGACAUUCAAAAGAACCACGGUUCUGAGUCUCUGCAUGUUACGAUUGAUAAGUGGAUAGACUAUGUAAGAAAAUUCAUUUUUCCAGCUACCUCGCUAUUGCAGAACAAUCCAAUUGCCACAUCGGAAGUUUACGAACUAAUGAAAUUUUUCCCUUUUGAAAAAAGAUAUUUUAUUUACAACGAAAUGAUGACGAAAUUAUCCCAAGAUAUUCUACCGCUUAAGGUGAGCUUCAAUAAGGCCGAAAGAGAAGCGAAGAGUAUUUUGAAGGCUUUGAGUAUAGAUACAAUCGCAAAAGAGUCCAGGAGAUUUGCCAAAUUAAUCUCUACAAAUCCAUUGGCCUCACUGGUACCAGCAGUUAAGCAGAUUGAAAACUAUGACAAAGUUUCUGAGCUUGUUGUUUACACCACGAAGUACUUUAACGAUUUUGCGUAUGAUGUAUUGCAAUUUGUAUUAUUGUUACGCUUAACUUAUAACAGGCCUGCUGUUCAAUUUGAUGGUGUUAACCAGGCCAUGUGGGUCCAGAGAUUAUCAAUAUUUAUUGCAGGUUUGGCCAAAAAUUGUCCCAAUAUGGAUAUCUCAAAUAUAAUCACCUAUAUUUUAAAGACGUUGCAUAAUGGGAAUAUCAUAGCAGUUUCUAUCCUAAAGGAAUUAAUUAUUACAGUCGGGGGCAUUAGAGACUUAAACGAAGUUAAUAUGAAGCAACUAUUAAUGUUAAACUCAGGAUCACCAUUAAAGCAAUAUGCAAGACAUCUCAUAUAUGAUUUUAGAGAUGAUAAUUCGGUUAUUUCGUCGAGGCUAACCUCAUUUUUCACUGAUCAGAGCGCUAUUUCUGAGAUUAUUCUCCUGUUAUACACUUUAAACCUGAAAGCAAAUACGCAAAAUUCUCAUUACAAAAUUUUAUCCACUAGAUGCGAUGAAAUGAAUACAUUGUUAUGGUCGUUUAUUGAGUUAAUUAAACAUUGUUUGAAAGGGAAAGCAUUUGAAGAGAAUGUUCUCCCAUUUGUAGAAUUGAAUAAUAGGUUCCAUUUAUCGACACCGUGGACUUUCCACAUAUGGAGAGACUACUUGGAUAAUCAAUUGAACUCAAAUGAGAAUUUUUCUAUUGAUGAAUUAAUUGAAGGUGCAGAGUUUAGCGAUGUUGAUUUAACGAAAAUAUCAAAGGAUCUUUUCACUACUUUUUGGAGACUUUCAUUAUACGAUAUCCAUUUCGAUAAAUCACUAUAUGACGAGCGUAAGAAUGCACUAUCCGGAGAAAACACGGGCCACAUGUCAAAUAGAAAAAAACACCUGAUUCAGAAUCAAAUCAAGGAUAUUUUGGUUACUGGAAUUUCGCAUCAAAGAGCCUUCAAGAAAACUUCAGAAUUUAUAUCUGAAAAAUCAAAUGUCUGGAACAAAGACUGCGGGGAAGAUCAAAUUAAGAUAUUCUUGCAGAAUUGUGUUGUGCCAAGGGUUUUAUUUUCUCCUUCAGAUGCUCUCUUCUCUUCGUUUUUUAUCUUUAUGGCUUUUAGGACAGAAAAUUUGAUGUCGAUAUUGAAUACUUGUAUUACAUCAAAUAUUUUAAAAACGUUGCUGUUCUGUUGUACUAGCUCUGAAGCAGGCAAUUUAGGUCUGUUUUUCACUGACGUUCUUAAAAAGCUUGAAAAAAUGAGAUUAAAUGGCGAUUUCAACGACCAAGCUUCUCGAAAGCUUUAUGAAUGGCAUUCAGUAAUUACCGAGCAAGUCAUUGACCUUUUAUCCGAAAAAAAUUACAUGUCAAUUAGAAACGGUAUUGAAUUCAUGAAGCACGUCACUAGUGUCUUCCCUGUAGUGAAAGCUCAUAUCCAGUUGGUUUACACAACUUUAGAGGAAAACUUGAUAAAUGAAGAAAGGGAGGAUAUUAAACUACCAAGCAGCGCAUUGAUUGGCCAUUUGAAAGCGCGUUUGAAGGACGCUUUAGAAUUGGACGAAUUCUGCACCUUAACUGAAGAGGAAGCUGAACAAAAGAGAAUACGUGAAAUGGAAUUAGAAGAGAUCAAAAAUUAUGAAACAGCUUGCCAAAAUGAACAAAAGCAAGUAGCUUUAAGAAAGCAGUUAGAGCUUAAUAAGUCGCAAAGACUUCAAAAUGAUCCACCCAAAAGUGUUGCAAGCGGCAGUGCUGGAUUAAAUAGCAAGGAUAGAUAUACUUAUUCUCGUAAUGAGCCUGUAAUCCCAACAAAACCUUCUAGUAGUCAAUGGUCAUAUUCCAAAGUCACCAGGCACGUCGACGAUAUAAACCAUUAUUUGGCCACGAACCAUUUACAAAAGGCAAUUUCCUUAGUAGAGAACGACGAUGAAACUCGGAAUUUAAGGAAAUUAUCUAAGCAAAAUAUGCCAAUAUUCGACUUUAGAAAUUCGACUUUGGAAAUAUUCGAAAGGUACUUUAGGACACUCAUUCAAAAUCCUCAAAAUCCAGAUUUUGCAGAAAAAAUUGAUUCGCUUAAAAGGUAUAUUAAAAAUAUCUCGCGCGAGCCAUACCCAGAUACGACUAGCUCAUAUUCUGAAGCUGCUGCUCCUGAAUAUACCAAAAGAUCAAGUAGGUACAGCGGAAAUGCUGGAGGCAAAGAUGGUUAUGGUAGUUCCAACUAUAGAGGACCAAGCAAUGAUCGUUCUGCACCCAAAAAUAUUAAGCCAAUCAGUAGUUAUGCACAUAAAAGGUCAGAACUACCAACUAGACCUAGUAAAAGUAAAACAUAUAAUGAUAGAAGUAGGGCACUUAGACCCACAGGUCCGGACAGGGGCGAUGGUUUUGAUCAAAGGGAUAACCGCUUACGUGAAGAGUAUAAGAAAAACAGUUCACAACGUUCACAAUUACGGUUUCCUGAAAAGCCAUUUCAAGAGGGCAAAGACAGCAGCAAAGCCAACCCUUACCAAGCUUCAUCUUACAAGCGCGACUCGCCUUCAGAAAAUGAAGAAAAGCCGAAUAAAAGAUUCAAGAAGGAUGAAACAAUUAGAAACAAAUUUCAAACGCAAGAUUAUAGAAAUACACGAGAUAGCGGUGCUGCCCAUAGAGCCAAUGAAAAUCAAAGGUACAACGGAAAUAGAAAGAGCAAUACUCAGGCGCUUCCGCAAGGUCCCAAGGGUGGGAAUUACGUCAGUAGGUACCAGAGGUAA